AUGAGCUUUUUAGAAACAUUUGGAGCACUGACACUUAUUUAUAUUUUAGUACGUCUUGCUACUUUUAUUUAUCAAAUUUUAUGUCCAUUACGAGUUGAUAUUAAAAAAUUCGGUGAAUGGGCAUUGAUUACAGGAAGUACAGAUGGAAUUGGAAAAGCAUAUGCUAUUGAAUUAGCUAAACGAGAUUUUAAUGUAAUUUUAAUUAGUCGAACAAAAGAAAAAUUAGAACAAGUAGCAAAAGAAAUUCAAACUAAAUAUUCAAAUACACAAGUUAAAAUAAUUUCAAUUGAUUUUACAAAAGACAAUUCAAUUUAUUCAAGAAUUCGUGAAGAAAUUCAUGGUAUAGAUAUAGGAGUUCUUAUCAACAAUGUUGGAAUAUCUUAUGAAUAUCCUGAAUCUUUUGAUAAAGUAGAAGAGAAUGAAAAAUUUCUCAAUAAUAUGAUCAGAUGCAAUGUAGAUUCAGUGGCUAAUUUAACUCAAAUAAUUUUACCAGAUAUGAUCAAAAAAAGACGAGGUCUUAUUGUUAAUAUAUCAAGUAUUUCUGGUCGACGACCAACACCUUUAUUAGGUCUUUAUUCAGGUACAAAAGGAUUUAUUGACCUUUUUUCACGAUCAUUAGCUGCUGAAUGUAUAUCACGUGGUGUAUAUAUUCAAUCCUUAUGUCCUGGUUAUGUUGUUAGUAAAUUAUCUGGUAUUCGUAAAGCAUCGUUAAUUGCUCCUACACCAGAAAAAUUCGUUGUUAGUGCACUUGAUCGUAUUACACUUCCAUUUACAACAGGAUAUUGGACACAUGAAAUUCAAGAAUUUAUUCAAUCACUUUUACCAGAAUUUCUUUCCAAUAAAAUUGCAAUGCAUGUUUUAAGUGGCGUUCGAGCUAAAGCUUUGAAAAAACGUAACAAAGGACAAUAA